AGAAGCUGUCUUUCAGACAUGGGAAAACCUCCACUGACUUUCAGUCCUUUCAGAAACAUGCAGAGACAAAUCCUGAAGAAAAACUUUAUGGAUAUAAGCAAUGUGCAAAAUCCUACUCUGAGUGCACUGAAGGAAAUAAUUCUGAAGAGAAAUCCUUUGAAUAUAAUCAAGAUGUAAGACUCUUCAGUUCACCCAACUAUGAUAAAAUCCAGGAAAGAAAUGACAGUAGGAUGAAUACCUAUACAUAUAUAAAAUUGGGGAAAAGUUUGAAUUCUCACCGUGAUAUUCAGAAACAUGAAAGAGCUCACAGUGGAGUAGACUUCUAUGUAUACAAACACAGUUGGAAACUCUUAAAUAAUAAAACUUCAUUUGGUAGUCAUGAAAGAACUCACAUUAUGGGGAAACCCUAUGUUUGUAAGCAAUGUGGGAAAGCUUUCAGCAAACAGAGUCAUUGUCAAAUACAUGAAAGGACUCACACUGGAGAGAAACACUUUGUAUAUAAGCAAUGUGGGAAAGCUUUCAACACACGCAGCUCUUACCAAAUACAUGAAAGGACUCACACUGGGGAAAGACACUUUGUAUGUAAACAAUGUGGGAAAGCUUUUAGGAGACAUGAUAAUUGUCACUCUCAUGAAAGGACUCACACAGGGGAAAAACCCUUUGUAUGUAAACAAUGUGGGAAAGCUUUCAGAACACAGGGUAAUUGUAAAACCCAUGAAAGGACUCACACUGGAGAGAGACCCUUUGUAUGUGAGCAGUGUGGGAAAGCUUUCAGGACACUCCAGGUGUGUAAACGACAUGAACGAACUCACACUGGGCAGAAACCCUUUCUAUGUAAGCAAUGUGGGAAAGCUUUCACUAAACUGAGUAAUUGUAAAAGACAUGAAAGAACUCACACUGGAGAGAAGCCCUAUGUAUGUAACCAGUGUGGGAAAGCUUUCAGGACACAAAGUCAUUGUAAAACACAUGAAAGGACUCACACUGGGGAGAAACCCUAUGUAUGUAAGCAAUGUGGGAAAGCUUUCAUUAGGCAGAGUCAGUGUAAAAUACAUGAAAGGACUCACACUGGGGAGAAACCCUAUGUAUGUAAGCAAUGUGGGAAAGCUUUCAGGACACUCCAGGUGUAUCAAGGACAUGAACGAACUCACACUGGGCAGAAACCUUUUCUAUGUAAGCAAUGUGGGAAAACUUUCACUAAACUGAGUAAUUGUAAAACACAUGAAAGGACUCACACUGGAGAGAAACCCUAUGUAUGUAACCAGUGUGGGAAAGCUUUCAGGACAAAAAGUCAUUGUAAA